AUGUUUUUUUCUGUGGAGAAGGAGGACAAUUCGGAAGGUAUGACAAAAUGUAAGCUGGAAGAAGAGGGGGUGACUCCCCUUUCGGACGUGGCGAGUAGAGACAUGAAAGGAGUACUGAACGAUCACCUGAUGAAACAGAACAGCAACACAAUGGGGAAAGAAACUACGAUGAUAAAAAAGAACGAACAUACUGAAAGCGCAUCCAAUGAGAAAAAUAGAAGAAAAGAAAACGUAGAGACGCCAAUGCAGUACACCAUAAGUAUGUUGGACGAAUUCGUGUCCAAGACGAGUGAAUAUUCGAAGCUGUUUAUGAGCCAUUUUAAUGAAGAGGAAUCUCACAUCGUAGAAAAAGGAAAUAGUACAAAUUUGUUGGUAGACCAAACGGGUAUUGGCCAAGUGGAAGGCGAACAAAAUGAUCACUCUGGGAAGGAUAGUCAUAUGGUUCAAAAUCGAGAAAAGGAAAAUAUCAUGACCGAGUUCCACAGGACCAUGUUUUCUACAGAGUAUAACGAGAACGAUACGAAAAAUGAUUGUUACAUGGGCAAUUGUAAGGAGGAGGAGAUAUUGCAUGAGUCGAAUAAUGUCUACUCAUGUUACUCCAGCCACGCGUUUGACCAGAUAGACAACACCACAACAUUCAAAGGGGCGAAUCAAUCUGAAGAAACUUCUGGGGAUGCUAACUUAAAUGGGGGGAAGAACCAAAAUGGGAUGCUUCUCCAUGCGGAAAAGAAUGAAGAGACCGUUAAGGGUGAGGAUAUACCCACUGAUGAGGAAGCCAAAGGGGAAAGGUACUCUACAUAUAGCACUGGGAAAAGUAACACCUAUGAUUAUAUUGAAAAAUACUCUGACGAGGAAAUGAGUGAAGAGGCGAAGGAGGAAGAGCCUCUAAAAGGUGAACUCAAGAACGAAAAAGAAGAACUUCAAAUGAGUAACACAAUUGGCAAACCAGCAUUAAGUAACAAAUCGCUAGAAGAACUGAACUACAGCAACAGGAAAUCUCCCUCCCCCUCGCUUAUAGAGAAAGGGAGCCUGCUAGACAUCUCUUCCAUAGCGGAUGAGGCAAGGAAGAGGGUGUAUGCUGAGCUGGGUUAUAACUUAAGCGAUAUGAACAGUUUGUGCGUGCCCCUCAAGGGGAACAACAAAGGGAAAGACGUGGAGGACGUUUCUAGUGGGAAGUCGGAUAUGGAUACUAUGCAAAAGGAGAGCAAACCGGAUGAAGCAUUACAGUUGCCGCAUGUGGGAAGCGACUCCUGCAGUGAGAGCGGCGGAAGCAGCAGGAACGGCUCCGCAGAGUUAGAAAAAAUAUUUACCAAGUACCAAUUUGAGGUCUCUCAUGUGUCCAAGUACUUUGACUUUGAGAAGAACGAACAGAAGGAAGGGGUCAACGUGGUGGAUGACGUGGUGGACAAAGUGGUGGAGGAGGAGCAUGCCCAUGUUGAGAACGAAGACGAAACACAUCCAUUUAACAUGGAUGCGCUGAAAGGAACGUCCUCCAUGAACUUCUCCUGCGAGGAAGAAUCCGUCAACCUGGAUGUGUACUCAACCAACUACAUAACGGAGGACGUGCUGAAGAGUAUGCUAAACAUAAAGGAGGAAAGAAUCACCUUUGAAACAUUUAAGAAUGCCUGCUCAGAUGUGAAUUACGAAAUUAAUUUGUCCAACGUGGAACUGCUCUACAACGCUAUUUUGCGUCACCGUAAUGGUAGUGCAAAGGAGGAACAUAUGAAGGACUGUUCGCCCAACUCUGAUGAGGAAAACCUGGAGAAGAAAUGCACAGGCGAGGAGAAAAAUGAGGAAGAAAAGUAUAUAACCCUUGCUGACAUAAAAUCAUAUAUCAUAGAGAGAAAUGAAAAGAAUAGUAACUACUUUAACGAAAUUAUGAAGAUGGUCGUCCAUUUUAAUAAUAUACUUUUACUAAUGAGGAGUAACAACCAUUUAGACGUGGAAGACAAACUACUGUUUGAACUGUUGUCCUUAAAAUUCGCAUCCUUAUUUAACGAGAUCCUGCAUGUACAGAACAACUUCGAUAGCCUGAUCAAACACAUUAACGAAAUUAUUAAACUUAUUCUCUUAGAGGAGGACUCUAAGAAGAGAACCUUGAAGGAUAUUAUAUCGGACUACUUAACCAGUCAGAAGAUUUUGGUUCACAAGAAUGAGCUCCUCUCUCAGAUGAGCGGCGCUCGUCACACCGAAGCGGGCGAAGACGUGGCGGAAAACACCUCCGUAGAGGGCAACACUUCGCCUGACCAGCAAACGGAAGGGAAGGAUUCCCCCAUGAUCAACGAACAGGGGGAUACCACAUCAGCAACGAAGUUGAUAGAUGCAGAGAACAAUACUCGUAAUUUGACAAAGGACAUUAUAAUGGGUGAAAUAAAGAACACCAAGGAGGAAGGCGCACGUAACGAUGACACGAAGAAACAUUCGACUGCCUGCACGAAACGGAAGGGCAAAAGGUUAGGCACGCCCUUCCACAAGGAGUUGGCUCAUUCGAGUGGCACCAGCGCUAUGAGCGGCAGCAACGGGGUCAGCGGAAAGACUGGAGGAGGUAAUGCUAAUCCCAGUGACAACAAAUCCAACACGAACCUAACGCAGACGGGGGCAAAACCGGCCACGUGCAAAAAUGCCAAACUGAACGAAUCGAUGAUCAGAAAGACACGUCAAAAACAGGAAGGCACAAAAGGAUUAACCAAAAGUGAGGAGGAAAAUGAAAAAAAUAAAAAAAUGAAUAAAGCAAAAAAAGCUAAAAAAUCGAACAAAGGAGAAACAGCGGAUGAGACGAACUCCAGCGAUCUAACCGAUGGAAAGAAGAAGAAUGAAUUAGCAAAGAAUUUGAAGCAGAAAAAAACGGCGGCAAUCUCCAAAAAUGUUGAAGAAAAAACAGCAAUGGACGCUAAAAAAGUGGGAACCAGUGAGAAGGGCGAAAAGGGCCCCAAAAGUACAGACGAAAUUAAAGGGAAAAGCAAAAUAUUCUGGCCGAAUAACUUCACCACUAAGAAGGAAAAUCUGGACCAAGCAAAAAAUAAGAAAGUGGACUCCAGGGCAACCCUCAAUUUUAACUAUCCCAAGUAUAGCAGGGAUGGUAGCAUACACGCCGUAGAGAAUUAUAUGAAGAGGUACGGUUCGACCAGUGCUUCAGUCGCAACGGCAACCGCGGGUUUGGCGAACGCGCACUUGGUGCAACAAAGUAAAGGUGCCCCCCAGAUGAGGUGUCUGCACAAGAAGGGGAACCCCGGAAUGUCCAGCCUAAGCAGCGCCCACAUGCACAGUGUCAGCGUGAACAGCGCCUACGGAAGGGCAAACAUACCAAACGGUGUUGCUCCGUACGAGGUUAAGACGCAAGACAGGGCGUCCAUGACGAAUCUACCAAACUUUAACGACACUUAUAAAAUGCAAAUGGGGAAGUCCCCCCUAGGAGGUCUCCACCCAGUGCAAGAAAUGAAAUCGGAAAAUUAUUUGUGGAGGGAAGUACAGGGAAAAAGUUCCCACCAGAAUCGCAGCUACGAUUUUAUCUAUAAUUACAGCGGACAGUUGGCUCAAGUGAAAAACAGAAAUGAUAACCUACCAACAGUAAGUGGGAAAGUGGCAGAGACGGUAACUGGUGUGAAGCUCCCUGAGGGUAAAACUAAUCCAGCCAACAUCGCCGUGGCAAACCUCACCAAAGGAAGCAACCAAUUGUGGGGGCAACAAAAAACACAGGUCGGAGUUUCGAAAGAGGACACGCUGCUUGAAAAACCUAAGGUUAAUUUGGGAGAAGCGGACGAAAAGCAUGUCAUGGGAAUUGCCUCAGCAGAACAACCGAACCAACUUAAAAAGGAAAGCAAAGAUAGCAAUGAUGGUAAGACGUUCGAACGUUGCGAGAAUGACCCACUAAAGGAGAAAAGUGCUAACCCCAUUAACGCGGCUAACCCCCCUAACCACACGGAUGGGAAUCCCUCGUUCUUACAAUCCAAACUUAUGGACAGCAAACGCACCAGCAACAUGAACCACUUUCGAAGGCAAACCCCCUUUACGGACAAAAGGUACAGCAAUGGGUACAACAAAAUGAUGAACCCCAAUGUGUAUUCAGGCUUUAGGAGAAAUAUGAAAAGCUCCAACGACACGAAUAAUGGCUUCCUGCAUGCACAGGGUUCUACCCACGCGAGCAGAUAUGCUAGCGCCAAGAGCAAUGAGAACUUGGAACACAUAAACCAGGGGGCCAAAAAAAAAGACAACCAGGAUGUUGCCAACUCUAACAAUUUGGAGAGCAAUUUGAAAAACCUAACCAACUUUAAGAAGCUAGCCAAUUUGAAAAAUUUAAUAAACUUGGGAAACGGGUUCAGCGAAAAGAAGCUUUCCCCAGGGGAUGAAGCGAGUGGGAAGAAUGGCAUCGAAACCAAGUCAGCAUACAACAGAUUUACCGAAAUUGUGACCAAUAAAAUUAAAAACUUUACCCUCCGAAAUAGUAAAUCGGUUAGGUGUACUACGACUAAUGAAAGCGUGCCUGUCUGCAAAGACACCUAUGAGGGGAAAAAGGACAACAAAAGUGGCGAAAUGAAGGAGGGGGACAACAAACCAGAAGAGAGUAACGCCAAGGAGGUGCAUGGAAACACAAACAGCUAUGAGAGCUGCUUUGCAAACGAGAAUAGCAACUACCUCUGCGAUAAUAAAAAGGGCGGAAACAUCGUCAGCAACUUAAUGGGACAGAUAAAUUUUUUCCAAAGAAAAUGCGCGUCGGGGAAGGGGGGCGCAAACGAUGAGGAGGAAAGUCAGUCAGGCGAGGCUAGUCAGAUGCAGGAAGAAGAUCAAAGCGGGGGAAUCGCAAAACCGAACUGUGACAGCGCAGAAACGGAGGAGGGCGAGGGAAAAUCCCCGGGUACGGACUCAACCAACAAGCCAAGUGAGCAGAAAGACAACGACAAAGUCAAAAACAACUUGUGCAAAAUGAAAACGCAAGAUGGGGGAAAGAAACGGGUCAAUAGCAUGUUUACUAGAAAGUCCCACGCGUUAGGCGCAGCCAAUGGAAGGAUUGGCGGCGUUCACGGAGGAGCCCCUCUGAAUAGCCGCCCGGGUAACUACGCCGCUGCCCAUCUGAGUAACUACGCGAGUGUCCACCUGAAUCAUCCAAGUGGAAUACCAAACUGGAAGAACAGCACAAAUGGGGCCAUAAGUGGCACUAAAUGUUACAGCGAAAUUUCGAACGAUCAAAUGCAAACAGGUAGUAAUGUUGCAUUUGCACCUAACAGGAGUGUCAAAAUUGCGGAGGGAUCACAUAAGACAAAUUACAAUUUUCGAACGGGUUCCGCAACACCCACUCAUUACGCAGCACGGUCGUCGUACGAGGCAUUCGCGCUAAAUGGAGCACCUGUACCAAUUGGCACGAAAAAAAACAACUCCCAUUUCGUGCACAAUAACCAGCCAAGUGGGGAAUUUCUUUUCCCAUUUCAAAAGAGAAAUAGUACCUUACACAACCCCAUGUCCGUGGCCAAAUUUCAGGAGCAUCAAAAAAAAGUGGCAAAUUCUGUAGAGAUGGAAAAGAACUUCCUCAAUAUGUGCGAAUUGAAUGCCAAGCAACACAUUCCCUUCACGAAUGACAACAGGUGUGUUUUUAGGAGCGAGCAAAUGAACCAAACAGGGCACCACUGGACGAAAGCAGACUUCAUUAAUGAGAUGAGCAAAAUGGAACAGCACAGUAAUGCGAAGAAGACAUUUAUUAACCCCUUUAUCGAAGCAGAACCUGCUCUGAAGGGAAUGGGUUCUAUACACCUAAGUAACAACACGAUGGUAGGUAAUCAGAAUGCCCGGCACCAGGACAACAAUUACCCCUUUUUUAAAGAAAAGCUAACCUCCCUGCAGGAGAAGAGGAACAGCAAUGUCCCAAUGGGUAGCUUCAAUUUGCAUAGCUCCCAGGAAAAGCUGAACCGAAACUGCGUUCUCAAGACUGCUUCUAUGCAUGAAAACUUAGCGUUGAAAUCUUCCAGCCAGGGGUGGAGAGGCAAUGCGUACCAAAUGGGGGCCAACUAUAUGCAACCCAGCGUGGUGAACUACGCACCACACAGCGGUACCACCUGCAUGCCAAAUACGAGGAUACACUUGCUUCCGAAUAGCUCUACGCAGUAUGCUCCACAAAACGCACCGGUAAACCAUUUCAACCCAGCGAACCUGUGGAACCCCCAAAGUUUCACCAAAGAAACCGUGCCUUUACACAAAAAUGAAGGAAACGUCUCCGUGGUGCCAAACUUUUUAAACGCAUACCAUAAGGGUACCCCCUCGAAUGAUAUGCACAACGUGCAUCCCACCAUCGAUGAGAGUAACCUAUCUAUAGAACAGUUAAUGAAAAUUCCAGGUGUCCAGUUAGGAAAGAAUUACAUACAAGACAUAGAUAUCUGUUCAGACUGGCUUAAGUUUAACGACUAUGAUAAGAAGGUGAUCAAACAGUCCCUAAUGAAUAGCCUGGAGAACAACAACUACAAAAGUUAUAUGGACUCCACGCAAUUUACCAAGGGUUUUUUCCCCACGGUCAAACAGGUGUAG